AUGUUGAAACAUUGUGGAUUGAGACAUGAUAAACUCACAACUCAAAUUGGGCCCUCAGUUCUUUGUGCAGAUUUAUCUCAACUUUAUGAAGAAUCAGAAAAACUAUUAUCAUGCGGUGCCGAUUAUUUACACUUAGAUGUUAUGGAUGGUCAUUUUGUACCUAAUAUUACCUUCGGUCAUCCAGUUAUUAAAUGUCUUAGGAAUAAAAUAAAAAAUGCUUUUUUUGAAAGUCACAUGAUGGUGUCGAAUCCGUUACAGUGGAUAGAACCAACAGCGGAUGCUGGAGUUAAUCAAUACACUUUUCAUGUUGAGCCUUGUAAUAAAAAUGAAAUUGAAGAUAUUUGUAGAAAAAUUAGAGAAUGUGGAAUGAAGGUUGGAUUAGCAUUAAAACCUGGCACUCCGAUUUCUGUCAUACAAAACUACAUAGACUAUGCUGAUUUGGUUUUAAUUAUGACAGUAGAGCCAGGUUUUGGGGGACAAAAAUUUAUGAGCAAUAUGAUGGAAAAAGUAAAACUUUUAAGACAAGCUAAUCCCGGUUUAAAUAUUGAAGUAGAUGGUGGAGUAGGACCUAAUACUAUUGAACAAUGUGCCAAAGCAGGUGCUAAUUGGAUAGUAUCUGGUACUGCUGUCACCAACUCUAAAAAUCCAGGAGAUGUCAUUAACCAAUUACGUUAUGUUACUGAUAUGCAUUUACAUUCUGGAUAA